AUGUGCAGUGGGAUGGCACUUCAGACCAUUCUUCUGGCACUGACAGUCCUCUGGGCUGCAGCACAGACCCCACCAUGUAGAAUACUGGGAAGGGCAGCCAGGCCCAGCUUCUAUCAACAUGGAGACAUUAACAUUGGUGGAAUUUUUUCCCUGCGGCAAACUCCUCAAGACCUAACCGUCAAAUUUGACGCUAAGCCAGAACCACUAAGGUGCUCUCGCGUUAACUUCAGAGAAUUCCGGGUGGCCCAGACCAUGAUCUUCGCCAUUGAAGAAAUAAACAACAGAACUGACCUCCUCCCAGGUGUAUCUCUUGGAUAUAAAAUAUAUGACACCUGUGUCUCUGCAGUAUUCUCUAUACGAUCAGCCAUGGCUCUGAUGAACGGUUAUGAGGAAACACUGACUGACACAUCUUGCUCCACACCAGCAGUAGUGCCGGCCAUCAUUGGAGAGUCAAGUUCUACGAACACUAUUGCAAUUGCUGCAACAGUCGGAUUAUUUCAAAUUCCAGUGAUCAGUCACUUUGCUACAUGUGCAUGUUUGAGCAACAGAAAAGAAUUCCCCACAUUCUUCAGAACAAUUCCCAGUGACUAUUACCAGAGCAGAGCACUCGCUCAGCUGGUGAAGCACUUUGGCUGGACCUGGGUUGGAGCAGUGAGGAGUGACAGUGACUAUGGCAACAACGGAAUGGCCACAUUUAUAGAAACUGCUCAAGAGGAAGGGAUCUGCAUUGAGUAUUCGGAGAAAUUUUACAGGACGGAGCCAGAGAAAUUACUGAAGGUUGUAGAUGUUAUCAAAAGAGGUUCUGCAAAGGUAAUUGUUGCAUUCCUUGGUCAAGGUGAAAUGAACAAGUUAUUGGAGCAGCUGACCAUUCAGAAUAUUACUGGUCUCCAAAUGGUUGGCAGCGAAGGCUGGAUAACAGCAAGCAAUCUAGUGACACCUACGAGUUUCAGAAUACUGGGAGGGUCUCUUGGCUUUGCUGUCACCAAAGGUAAAAUUGAUGGCUUCAAAGAAUUUAUACUAAAACUUCACCCCUCACAAAGCCCAGGAAACCUUGCGAUUAUAGACCUUUGGGAAAAUGCAUUUCAAUGUUCCCUAACAAACAAUCUACCUCACAUGAAUCCCUGUACUGGAUCAGAGAGCUUGAAUGAAUUGGAAAAUGAAUACACUGAUGUAUCCGAGCUGAGAAUCUCCAACAAUGUUUAUAAAGCAGUGUAUGCUGUUGCUCAUUCUCUACAUAACCUGCUGGCCUGUACAUCCCAUGAGGGCUGCACAAACAGUGUGAAACCAGAGCCCUGGCAGGUGCUUAUGGCUUUGAAAAAAGUCAAUUUUACUUUGGGAACUGGAGAGAAAGUCUCUUUCGACAGUAAUGGUGAUCCAGCAGCCAGAUAUGAGCUGGUGAACUGGCAGCUUGCUCCUGGCGGUGCAGUGAAGUUUAGAGUGGUCGGCUACUAUGAUGCUUCUUUACCAUCUGGUCAGCAGUUUGUGAUGAGUCCUGUUAGUAUGGUUUGGGCAGGUGGACAAAAAAAGAAACCCAGAUCAGUGUGCAGUGAGAGCUGUCCCCCAGGCACCCGGAAGGCUGUGCAGAGAGGAAGGCCAGUCUGCUGCUAUGACUGUGUGCCUUGUGCUGAGGGAGAAAUCAGCAAUGCUACAGAUUCUAAUGACUGUAUUCAGUGUAUGGAAGAAUACUGGUCUAAUGCUAAAAGAGAUCAAUGUGUGUUAAAGGCUGUCGAAUUUCUGUCAUUUCAUGAAAUUAUGGGAAUUGUGCUUGCUAUUUUUUCUGUAUUUGGAGCAUGUGUUACCACAUUUGUGGCAGUGCUGUUCUUCAUAAAGAAGGAAUCACCUAUUGUGAAAGCCAACAACUCAGAGCUGAGCUUUCUGCUGCUCUUUUCAUUGGAACUGUGUUUCCUUUGCUCUCUUACCUUCAUUGGCCAGCCCUCUGAGUGGUCCUGUAUGCUGCGCCACACUGCGUUUGGGAUCACCUUUGUCCUCUGCAUCUCUUGUGUUCUUGGGAAAACAAUAGUGGUAUUAAUGGCCUUCAGGGCAACACUUCCAGGCAGUAAUGUCAUGAAGUGGUUUGGGCCACCCCAGCAGAGACUGAGUGUUCUUGCUUUAACCUUCAUACAGGUGCUUAUUUGUGUGCUUUGGUUAACAAUAUCCCCUCCUUACCCCAACAAGAAUACGAAACACUACAAAGAAAAGAUCAUUCUAGAAUGUGACAUAGGAUCAGCAGUGGGGUUCUGGGCUGUGCUGGGUUAUAUUGGGCUCCUCUCCAUCCUGUGUUUUGUUUUGGCUUUUCUGGCUCGUAAGCUGCCUGAUAACUUCAAUGAAGCUAAAUUCAUCACAUUCAGCAUGCUCAUAUUCUGUGCCGUCUGGAUCACCUUCAUACCAGCUUAUGUCAGCUCACCGGGAAAGUUCACUGUAGCUGUGGAGAUCUUUGCAAUUUUAGCAUCUAGUUUUGGCUUGCUCUUCUGUAUCUUUCUUCCAAAAUGUUAUAUAAUAUUAUUCAGACCUGAGCAGAAUACAAGGAAACAUAUAAUGGGUAAAAAAGACAUGAAAUCUCAGUGA